AUGUUUUCCUGGUUUUGGGACGCCUUGUCCUACCUCGGCCUGUACUACAAGAACGCCAAAAUCCUCUUCCUCGGCCUCGACAAUGCCGGAAAGACCACCCUCAUGCACGUCCUGCGCGACGACCGCGUCGCCCAGCACAUUCCCACCCAGAUGCCCACGGCCGAGGAAGUCGUAAUCGGCAAGAUCAGGUUCCGCGCCUUCGACCUGGGUGGCCACGCCGCCGCCCGUCAGAUCUGGAGGAAUUACUAUGCCAAGGUCGAUGGCGUCGUCUUUCUCGUCGACGCCGUGGAUCGCGAGCGUUUCCCAGAGGUUAAGAAGGAGCUGGAUGCCUUGAUCAACGAUGAGAUGCUCUCCGACGUCCCGUUUCUUAUCCUCGGCAAUAAGAUCGACGUCGCCAGGGCCGCCAGCGACGAGGAGCUUCGUUCCGCCCUCGGCUUGCAUCAUUUGACUACGGGUCAGGGCAGUGCCCCAAUGAGCGAUAUUCGCCCCAUCGAGCUGUUCAUGGUCUCCGUUGUGCGUAAGAUGGGCUAUGCUGAGGGUUUCCGAUGGCUCAGCAACCACAUCCCAUGA